AACAGCACUUUUAAGUGUAUUUUAUGUUGUAGUAACGUGUUUCCCUUUGUGCAGGUUCAUGUGGAGAUGAUGGUGUUGUUGCAACAUUGUUUCCUCCCUGUAGGUGGCAGUAUCCUCUGAGCAUCUUGGAUGGUCUUUCACUCGAUGGUUCUCAUGUGGAAGUGUGGACAUGGUAAAUAUACAACAAGUUAGUGUGCUGUUAUUUACACUUGGACUGAAGUGGUUUGAACACCAGUCAUGAAAAUAGCACGUGUCAAGAGGAAAGCUACUAAGAGACGUAUGACACGGGUAUUGACGAGAGAGAGAUGACACAGACUUGUAAUCUCAUCUGGAUUUAUUCUGUAUUUUUCCACUUCCAUCCAAUGUUGCAUAAGGCCUUAAUCCAAGCACAGUCAAUCACAUUUACCCAACUCUUGCAUUCAUUCUCAAUGGCAGCCAUUGUUGCACUCUAACCCUUAACGUUCAGACAAAAUAAUGAUGGUAAUUUUUGUUGUAUUAUUGCAUUUUAUUCUGUUUCUGUAGCUCAUCCACAGUCAUGCAUUAUAUUAGGUACAUCAGCAGGAUUGAAGAGUUGGCUUUCUGCUAAGUGUGAGUCUUCAUCUGGAGUAGCAGCGUCUUUACAUUCAGCGUACAGAUGUGAACCGGGACUUACACUAAUGCAUAGUGUCAGCCAUCUGUGGAAGAACUGUCGUGUUGGAUUUGGAGGGGUAUGAAGGAAGAGAAUGCAGGAGUGUCACAUCAGAGCCUCUCUACUUUGGAGGAGGCCCUUAGCUGUGCAAGACUCUGCUGAGGCCAAUGAUGAAGUCCCAGACAGGCGCCACAACGUUACUGCUGCCAAUCGCCUUGUGUCUUGGCUUGGUCCGCAUCUGUAAUGGAGCAGCUAUUUCAAUUUCAUGUGGGUCCAUCUACAAGAGUUUUGCUCAGUGUUUGCUGACACUCGGGGACAGUUUGGUGGACACACAAAAAAAUCAGGACAUGCAGGACAUUGAUGCAAUCUGCAGGUCUUGGAAUGACUUCCAUGUUUGUGCCAACACAGCCAUGUCUGGCUGCCCCAGAGAAGCUGCAGCAGUGUGGGAGUCCCUAAGACAAGAGUCCAGGAAGGCCCAGUUCUCUGGAAACCUCUAUGACAUGUGUGCCAGCCUCACCACCCUGGCUCCCAGCACCGUGCCUGCACCCGUGACCCCUCCCACCUCAGAACAGACCAAUCAGGAAACACUAAAGGGUCGAGCGUACCAAUGGGGCCCUGCCCUCACUAUGACGCUCUUUCCAAUAUGUAGCACUUUGUUAAUGCAGCUCAGGCUUUAGUCAAGUCUUAAUCAUUUGUACUCAUGUUUGCUCAGAUACAUUUGUUUUGUUUGUUUGCACUUGUUUAUUUUAUUCAAGCAUAUAUUAUCACUUUGUUUAUGCCAUGAGUGUUGACAGAAAUGCAUCUUUAACAUGAUAAAGAUGAUUAUAGCUUUGUUUUUAUUUAAUUUUUCAAUCACACAGUUGAUCAUGAUCCUGGGCUCAAAGGUCAGUCGCAUUAGUGAUUAUAGGUCUCAAUCCCAAAAUCAAGAAUCUAGGGACAGAAUCAGAAAGACAUAUUGUUUCUUUUGUUUCAGCUUUGAAAUAUAUUUUAAUACCAUCAGAUGAAAUCCUAGAGAAGUUGACCUAAUUUAAGAAAUUCAACUUUCAGCUUUUAAAUGAGCAACAGCUGAUGUUACUAAUGUUAAUUAAUGUAAACAAUUAAGAUGAUAGAGUACAUUUAUAAUACAUACAUUAAAAAAUAUGUACGGAAAUGUAUUUUAUUUUUCCCAUCUAAUAUAUGGGCAGCACAGGGGUUAGUUACAUGUGCCUCACAAUAGGAAGGUCCUGGGUUUAAUCCCGGGGCUCAGGGUCUUUCUGUGUUAAGUUUGCAUGUUCACCCCGUGACUGCGUGAGUUCUGUCCGGGUACUCCAGCUUCUUCUCACCUCGAAAAACAUGCACCUGGGGAUAGGUUGAUUGGCAUCACCAGGUGUGUGUUGUUUGUCUAUCUGUGUUGGCCCUGUGAUGAGGUGGAAACUUGUAAAGGGUGUACCCUGCCUUCUGCCCGAGUGCAGCUGGGAUAAACUCCAGCACACCCGCAAUCCCGAAAGGGACAAGCGGCAAAAAAUGGAUAGAUGGAAUUUAUUAUACAGAAUACAUAAGAGCACAAAUUCAUUGUUAUAUACAGUACAGGCCAAAAGUUUGAACACACCUCAUUUCAAUGCGUUUUUUAAAUUUAUUUUCAUGAAUAUUUACAUUGUAGAUUGUCACUGAAGGCAUCCAAACUAUGACACCUGUGAAGUGAAAACCAUUUCAAAUGACUACCUCUCGAAGCCCAUCGAGAGAAUGCCAAGAGCGUGCAAAGCAGUAAUCACAACAAAGGGUGGCUAUUUUGAAGAAACUAGAAUAUAAAAUAUGUUUUCAGUUAUUUCACCUUUUUUACAUAACUCCACAUGUGUUCAUUCAUAGUUUCAAUGCCUUCAGUGAGAAUCUACAAUCUAAAUAGUCAUGAAAAUAAAGAAAACGCAUUGAAUGAGAAGAAGGUGUGUCCAAACCUUUGGCAUGUACUGUAUAUAUAAAUGUAUUAAAUGAUACUCUUUAGCCCGGCAAAAAAAAUGAAUAACCAUAUAUUUUUGAUAACAUUACAAAAAAGUUUUAUCUUUUUGAGAUUUAACUUUUUGUGGGGAUAUUUUUUCUGUGCGCGCGUGCAGUCUUAAUACUUCUAAAACGGUUUCAUAACAGUCGUGGCAUGAGUAGAUCAAUCUCGUCUGUCAUUAUUCAUCCACUGCUGUGCAGCAUGCGACAGUGCACCACCAAAACCUUUGAAACAGUCUUGAGCCCUCAGAGGACCUGUGUGGCAGACUGAGAGCAAAGAGGAGCACUUGCCAUUGUCACGAACAUGACGCCAUGUGAGACCACGUGACGGCUAAUACAUUAUUUUUUUUUAAAUGUCGGUCAGAAGUGAGCGCGCCAACACUGCAGUAGGAUGAAUAUUAAGAAGUAGCAGCUGCUGCUGAACCAGCUAUUGUGUCCUGUUACAUAAAAGAUUCACUUACAAUAAAGUCAAUGCAGGCUGGCACCAUGCAGUGUCUCCAGAAUAACACGAAUAAGAUCAGUCAUUAUUCGAUUUCACUUUUAUGUAAAAACCCCGUUUCCAUAUAAGCUGGGAAAUUGUGUUAUAAACGGAAUACAAUGAUUUGCAAAUCCUUUUCAACCCAUAUUCAGUUGAAUGCACUACAAAGACAAGAUAUUUGAUGUUCAAACUCAUAAAAUAAUAAUAAUUAACUUAGAAUUUCAUGGCUGCAACACGCGCCAAAGUAGUAGGACAUGUUCACCACUGUGUUACAUCACUUUUUCUUGUAACAACACUCAAUAAACGUUUGGGAACUGAGGAAACUAAUUGUUUAAGCUUUGAAAUGGAAUUAUUUCCCAUUCUUGUUUUAUGUAGAGCUUCAGUUGUUCAACAGUCAGGGGUCUUCGCUGUUGUAUUUUACGCUUCAUAAUGCGCCACACAUUUUUGAUGGGAGACAGGUCUGGACUGCAGGCGGGCCAGGAAAGUACCCGCACUCUUUUACUAGGAAACCACGCUGUUGUAACACGUGGCUUGGCAUUGUCUUGCUGAACUAAGCAGGGGCGUCCAUGAUAACGUUGCUUGGAUGACAACAUAUGUUGCUCCAAAACCUGAAUGGACCAUUCAGCAUUAAUGGUGCCUUCACAGAUGUGUAAGUUACCCAUGCCUUGGGCACUAAUACACCACCAUACCAUCACAGAUACUGGCUUUUGAUCUUUGCGCCCAAAACAAUCCGGAUGGUUAUUUUCCUCUUUGUUCCGGAGGACACCACGUCCACAGUUUCCAAAUAUAAUUUGAAAUGUGGACUCGUCAGACCACAGAACACUUUUCCACUUUGCAUCAGUCCAUUUUAGAUGAGCUCGGGCCCAGUGAAGCCAGCGCCGUUCUUUGGUGUUGUUGAUAAAUGGGUUUUGCUUUGCAUAACAGAGUUUUAACUUAAACUUACAGAUGACAGUGGUUUUAUGAAGUGUUCUUUAGCGCAUGUGGUGAUAUCCUUUACACACUGAUGUCGGUUUUUGAUGCAGUACCGCCUGAGGGAUCAAAAGUCCGUAAUAUCAUUGCUUAUGUGCAGUGAUUUCUCCAGAUUCUCUGAACUUUUUGAUGAUUUUACGGACCGUAGAUGGUAAAAUCCCUAAAUUCCUUGCAGUAGCUCGUUGAGAAAUGUUGUUCUAAAACUGUUCGACGAUUUGCUUACAAAUUGGUGACCCUCUCCCCAUCUUUGUUUGUGAAUUACUUAGCAUUUCAUGGAAGCUGCUUUUAUACCCAAUCAUGGCACCCACCUGUUCCCAAUUAGUCUGCACACCUGUGGGAUGUUCCAAAUAAGUGUUUGAUGAGCAUUUCUCAACUUUAUCAGUAUUUAUUGCCACCUUUCCCAACUUUUUUGUCACGUGUUGCUGGCAUCAAAUUCUAAAGUUAAUGAUUAUUUGCAAAAAAAAAAAAAGUUUAUCAGUUUGAACAUCAAAUAUGUUGUCUUUGUAGCAUAUUCAACUGAAUAUGGGUUGAAAAUGGUUUGCAAAUCAUAGUAUUCAGUUUAUAUUUACAUUUAACACAAUUUCCCAAAUUAUAUGGAAACCGGGUUUGUACUUCAACUAAGUUGAAAUGAUAGCAGUGUUGAUGUGGCUUAAGCUUGGCUACAUGAUAAAGGUAUUUUUGUGCAAUUGACUAGAACUCACAUUCUGACAUGCUGUCAAUAUGUUGGGCAAUACUGUACAGUAUAUAUGAAUAAUCUCAUGAAUACACACUACAUUUGUCCAUAUGGAACUUCCCAAAACAUUCACAAGUGAAAAAGUACUCUGAGAUCACAGAUUGCAGACCUCCACCCCAAAUAGUCAAAAAGUUCUGAAUCUUGACAAUGAACCCCCAAAAUGUAAUCACUUGUUCCUUAUACCAUAUUUGACGUUUCCUGACAGUUUAGUCCAAAUGUGCCCAUCACUUUUUGAGCUAUAUACAGUGGAAUGAAAGAAACAGAGUGAACCCUCUUGACAGUCAUCCAAUGUCUUUGUCUCUGUGGGUGGAGGUGGGGCCACAAGCAUAUACACAUGGAAGUUAAAGCUUGUAACGUGGUAGAAAUGAUCUGGAUCAGCACCAAAACAUAAUGACUUGUUUCUUAAUGCAUUUUAAACAUUUCCUGAAAGUUUAGUCACAAUGUGAUUGUAACAAUCUGGGUUAUCUAUUGUGUAAUGAAAGAAAGGGAGUAAACUCUCUCUUCAGUCACCCACAGUCUUUGUCUUUGCGGGGCUGCUAAAACACACAUACACACAAAUGUAAACAUAAGAAAUCGUAGUAGAAGAUUUCAUUAAAAAUUCACCCAUCAUUUUUGGAGUUAUUGCUGAUUGACAAACAAACCAACAGCGAGGAUUACAUACAGCAACUUCCUGGCGAAGGAAUCAAAGUUUAUAUUUCUUAUAUAAAAAAACAGCAUCAAGAACACAUUUGCCCCGUAUUCCUGUUUAGCUCAACUCUUAUUUACCUUUUAACAUAUUUACAUUUGAUAAAACAGCACAUGCCUGAUUGGUUUACAUGUUGGCAAAUGGCCUUUCAGGCAGGAGAUGAUUUGGAUGAUAUGAUUUGGUAUGGAUCUUUGUCAUUUAGGCAUAUAGCAUGAAGUUGCAUGGGUUUUUUCCUCACAAAAAUGUUUUGUAAUUACAGGGUUUUAAUUGUGGAAUGUUUGUUUAUCUACAUGUGUCCUGAUAAUGCGGUUGCUGGUGGAAAGACCAAAAGUUUCCUAUUUUUGUAAAAUUGUCCCUUAUUUUCAAAUGCCUGUCCCUGCAAACGAGCGUUGCGAGGUAGUGUUACACCCCGGAAUGAUUGUCAGUCAAUCACAGGCAGAUAUACACAAUAACCUUUCACACUUACAUUUACACAGUCACUGUGAUACUUUAUAUCAAGGGUGUCAAAACUCAUUUUAGAUCGGGGGCCACAUGGAAAAAAAUAUACUCCCAAGUGGGCCGGACUGGUUGAAUCACGGCACAAUAACUUAAAAAUAAAGACAACUUCAGCUUGUUUUCUUUGUUUAAAAAUAGAACAAGCACAUUCUGAAAUUGUACAAAUCAUGAUAUUGCUGUUUUUUUGGGUGUUUUUUUUACAAUUACCUGUUGCGGUUAAUAGUAUAUAUACUUUAUUUGUCAUUAUUUAUAUUUUCUGAAUAAAUUAUGUGAUAAUGUU